GUAAGUUACAGGUAGUAGAGAGAAUGAAUGUCAGACCGCCAAGAGCAGAAACGAAAGGAAAGGUUCAAUUCGGCCAAAGAUUUUGCCCGCUGGCCGGUAGUUCUAGCAACACUACAACCACAACAACAACAACAACAACAAUGGCCGAUUCAUCAUCCAUCAAGCGCAAAGCAGAAGCUCCCACAGGAGAAGGAGAAGAAGAAAACUCCAAUAACAAACGAGCCAAAAAGACCAAAAAACAAUGGCGAACACCCAAAACCGGACCCAAUGGCGAAAAAUCCCAGUAUCCAGGUUCUCACACGAAUACGAAUACGAAUCUCAAUUCGAAUUCUACAGUGCAAGCGGGUGAUACGGGGAUUUUCGUCACGUGUCAUAGAGGUAAAGAAGGGAAAUGUACGGGUGAAGUGAUGGAUUUGUUGCAGGAUUAUGCUGAGAGACUUUAUUCUUCUUCUGCUUCUGCUUCUUCUUCGAGGAGUGCUGCUGUCAAAGAAGAUGGCGAGGAUGAUGGUGAUGGUGAUGGUGAUGGUGAUGGCAAGGAUGAUGAUGGAAAUGGUGGGGAAGAAGUUGUUGUUGAUGACGAUAUUGAAAAAGAGAUUUUGGCCGAAGUUCGAGAGAUUCGAAAACCGAAAGUUGCGAGGCUGUUUACGCCUGUGCAGUUGAAUGUGCAAUGUGUCAUCUUCUUCAAAACAACAUCCCCAGUCGAGCCAGUUUCUCUAGUCAAGACGAUAUGCUCAGAUGCCAUGAACAACAAGACCCGCAAGCGAACCCGAUUCGCACUCCGACUCACACCCAUGACAUUGAUGGGUCGAGCCAGCACCGAGGGUCUCGAGCAGGUGGCGUUGAAAGUUCUCGCUCCGCACUUUCAUCAAGAACCUUUCCGGGCGCGUACGUUUGCAAUUCGGCCGACGAUACGCAAUCACAAUGUUUUGACGCGCGACAGCGUGAUCAAGCAAGUCGCAGACGUCGUGGGAGAGGGACACAAGGUGGAUUUGAAAAACUACGAACUGAUGAUUGUUGUAGAAAUCUAUCAACACAUAUGCGGCAUCAGCGUGGUCGACAAUGACUUUGAGAGGUUGAAGCGCUACAACAUCUCGGAGCUGUACGAGCCGAGUCCCAAGGAGCAGCAGCAGCAGCAGCAGCAGCAGGAAGAUGUCGUCAAACAUGAGGCUGAGAUCACAGCAGCUACAUAGUACUUGAUCAGUGAUACCUGACCACACACCACGUUUCGCUUGGCAAUGCUCUCAAGCGAUGUGUUUUCAUCGGCCUUCCCUCGGCUUGCGGCG